AUGGUCCCAAGAUCGCUAUCGUUUACGUACUACUCCAUGUACGGCCACAUCGCCCACCUGGCCGAGGCCGAGAAGAAGGGUAUUGAAUCUGCUGGCGGCCAGGCCGACAUCUACCAGAUUGCUGAGACCCUUCCUGAUGAGGCCCUGGCUAAGAUGCACGCUCCUCCCAAGAAGGCCCACCCCAUUGCCGAACCGAACACCCUGAAGGACUACGACGCUGUCCUGUUCGGUAUCCCUACUCGUUAUGGUAACUUCCCUGCCCAGUGGAAGGCUUUCUGGGACCACACUGGCGGUAUCUGGGCCACCGGUGGCUACUGGGGCAAGUAUGCCGGCCUGUUCGUCUCCACUGGUACCUUGGGUGGUGGCCAGGAAUCCACCGCCAUUGCUGCCAUGAGCACUCUUGCUCACCACGGCUUCAUCUACGUUCCUCUCGGCUACAAGACCAUGUUUGCCCAGUUAGCCAACCUGAGUGAGGUCCACGGUGGUAGCGCCUGGGGUGCUGGUACUUUCGCUGGCGCCGACGGUUCCCGCCAGCCCAGUGCUCUCGAGCUCGAGAUCGCCGAGGGCCAGGAGAUCAAGCCCGAGUCGCAGCCUGCCGCUGCAUCACAACAACCACAGCAACAACAAAAAGAACAAACUACAAAGACAGAAGCUUCCAACGCUGCGCAGAAUGGCCAGCAGAACGCACAGGCAUCACUCACUGCUACUCAACUACCUUGCACCUUAACUCUCAUCAACACCAAAUCCUUCCCUAUGGCAUCUCGGCCGAUCGUUCUGAGAUUCGAAAGCCGGAACGGUCAGUUCCGGCUGACAGUCAGCCCACAAGAACUAUUUCCCUCGCUCAAGCAGAAGAUUUUGGAGCACCUCCCUCCAGAUACUGAACCCUCUUCGAUAAACCUUUCCAACAAGCCCAUAGGUACCGGUGGAGAUGAGAGACUUUUGGACACUCUCGAUGGUAUUGCGCUUGGAACUGUCGGUCUAAAACACGGAGACAAGCUGUACCUUGGCUAUCAAGAAAAGCAAAACUUGCAAGACGGCUCUGUAAAUGGUAAUACUACGAAUGGGUCUUCUCGGCGUCUGAAUGGGGCCCCUGUCCCGCAACCCGAAACCGUUUCGAUUCGCCCCCAACCUACCUCACCGACCGCUAUAAUCAAAAACCCCUGGGAUGUGGUCCAGCAGUCGCCCCUCGAUGAUGCGUUGGAUAAGAAAGAUGGGAAAAUAAAGCGCAACCGUGACAUGAAAAUGUGCAAGCAUGGUCCCAAGGGCAUGUGCGACUACUGUAUGCCACUAGAGCCUUACGACCCCAAGUACCUUGCAGAGAAGAAGAUCAAGCAUUUGUCGUUUCACUCCUAUUUGCGGAAACUCAAUGCUGCGACCAACAAAGCUGAGCUCAAGAGCUCCUUCAUGCCCCCACUCAGUGAACCAUACUACCGAGUAAGACGGGAUUGCCCGUCGGGACAUCCUUCGUGGCCUGAGGGAAUCUGCACCAAGUGCCAACCAAGUGCGAUUAGCUUGCAGCCUCAAGAGUUCCGUACUGUGGACCAUGUGGAGUUCUCUUCUCCUGAUCUUAUUAACUCGUUGCUCGAUUUCUGGCGUAAGUCCGGUGCUCAACGGUUGGGAUUCCUCUACGGUACCUACGAAGAGUACACCGAGGUUCCCCUGGGAGUCAAAGCCGUGGUCCAGGCGAUCUAUGAGCCACCUCAGGUGGAUGAGAUUGAUGGCGUCACGCUUCACGAAUGGCACAAUGAGAAGGAGGUGGACGAGGUCGCACGCUUGUGUGGCCUUGAGAAAGUCGGUGUUAUAUUUACUGACUUGCUAGAUGCUGGACAAGGGGACGGCUCGGUUGUCUGCAAGCGGCACAUUGAUUCAUACUUCCUUUCGUCCCUAGAGAUUACAUUCGCAGCGCGGUUACAAGCCCAAUAUCCGAAAGCAACCAAGUGGAGCCGGACUGGUCGAUUUGGUUCCAAUUUUGUCACUUGUGUUCUCAGUGGAGACGAGGAGGGUGCUAUCUCGGUAAGCGCCUACCAGGCGUCGGUUGCGGCAGUUGAGAUGGUCAGGGCAGAUAUUGUCGAACCGUCUGCGGAGCCCUCGGUCAUGCUCGUACAGUCCGAAGAGGAUGACUCUGGGAACAGGUCGCGGUAUAUACCCGAAGUUUUCUACCGAAAGAUUAAUGAGUAUGGUGUUAGCGCCCAGCAAAACGCAAAACCAGCAUUCCCUGUUGAGUAUCUCUUGGUCACUUUAACCCACGGAUUCCCCACGGAAUCCUUUCCUCUUUUUGCUGAAGGUAAUUUUCCAAUCGAGAACCGUGAAGUCAUCGGCGAAAGCCAGGAGCUUCGUCAUGUCGCCAAAAAGCUCGUGCCCCACGGCGACCCUGACAAGGCAAUUCGCGCCGUAUCCGACUUCCAUCUUCUGUGUUUCCUCCACUCUCUGUCCACAUUCAGCAAGGACGAGGAAGCACUUCUCGGCCGCGUUGCGACAACACAUGAUCCCGCAGACGGAGUCCAGUUGAUAAACACCCCCGGGUGGGCGACGUUGGUCACAAUUCUUCAGGAAAGUGGUGAGCGCCCCCCUAAGCGCCCCUGGCUGAGCUCGGCCGAUUCUCCACGCGCAGUGCCCCAAGCCGGAAAACGUUUAUUCCCCUCAAGGCCUGAAUCUCCAAAAUCAGAAAGUGAACAGCUUGCUAAGAGGUUCAAGGGAGCUAGUCUAGAGUGA